GGACCGACUCUUAUUAAAGGGUCUUAAACACUUAAACCCCUUUAAAGCCUUUUCUCCGUUACAGCCCCACCGGAGAUUUCUCAAACUCCGCUAGCAAUGGAAAACCAAGAGGUUUUGUACGAAACCCUAAGCCCGCUCUACGGCGACGCUUCUGCCGAGCAAACGCCGCCUGCAUCUCCGGCGCAUUCUGAUAACCUUGAGCAAUACGUCGUUUUUCGCAACGAAAUUUCUCUGUACUCAACGCAAUUCCCCUCGCCGGAGGCCGCCGCGCAGGAUUAUUUUUCUCUCGAUGCAGACGCAGAGGUCGAUGAACUGAAGCUCAGUUCAUUCUCGACGCCAUCUCCAGCUUCUGUACCGGUGCCGGUUAAGGAGCCGGCGAGGACGAUCGAAGGAAACUGGUUUCGCGCCAACUGUAGUUUCCGAAGCCCUAUGCUUCAGCUCCACAAAGAAAUAUUAGAUUUUUGUGAUUUCCUGUCACCAAGUCAAGAGGAACAAGCAGGACGGAAUGCAGCAGUAGAACGUGUCUUUAAUGUCAUCAAGUAUAUCUGGCCCAAAAGCAAGCCAGAAGUUUUUGGGUCUUUCAGGACAGGGUUGUAUCUUCCAUCUAGUGAUGUUGAUGUUGUUAUUUUGGCGUCAGACAUCAGAAGUCCUCAAAUUGGGUUACAUGCUCUGUCCAAAGCCCUCUCACAAAAAGGAAUAGCCAAGAAGAUACAGGUGAUUGCCAAGGCUCGUGUGCCAAUAGUCAAAUUUGUGGAAAAAGAAAGUGGCAUUGCAUUUGAUAUAAGUUUUGAUGUACAAAAUGGACCAAAAGCUGCAGAAUUUAUUACGGAUGCUGUCUCUAAAUGGCCUCCAUUACGACCUUUGUGUUUGAUUUUGAAAAUUUUCUUACAACAAAGAGAGUUAAAUGAGGUGUAUACAGGUGGGAUUGGAUCCUAUGGUCUUCUUGUCAUGCUGAUAGCAAUGUUGCGGAAUCACCGUGAUUUUCAAGCUUCUAGGGAACAGAAUCUCGGAGUGCUUUUGGUAAGUUUCUUUGAUCUUUAUGGACGCAAACUGAAUACAUCUGAUGUUGGGCUAUCAUGCAAUGGAGAAGGCACCUUCUUCCGGAAGAUCACUAGAGGGUUCUUAAGCAAGGGAAAGCCAUAUCUCAUAUCCAUCGAGGACCCACAGACACCAGAAAAUGAUGUUGGAAAGAGCUCUUUCAACUAUUUCCAGGUUAAAUCUGCUUUUGCAAUGGCUUUCAUGACACUAACAAAUGCAAACGCCAUUUUGGAGUUGGGUCCUUCUAGGAGUAUACUCGGCAUGAUAAUAAGACCAGACGAGGUGCUAUUAGUGCGGAAAGGUGGGUCUGAUGGGGACACUACGUUUAAUAGCUUGUUGCCAGGUGCUGGGGAGCCACUGCCCCAUAGUGAUACGCAGGACAUAUAUUAUAACUGGCAGUUAAACGAUGAAGAAGAACUGCUUCCUCGAGGCGAUGGUAUUCUGGAAGAUAUGACUCCACCAUCCUCGGGUAAGAAGAGAAAGAAGUCAAAGGAGAAGCAUUCUUCUAAGAAGAAGAUGAAAGAUGAUGGACACACAAGUAGUAGAUCGAGGAAAGAAAAGGGUACAAAGAAAAAGCGCUGGAAACACGAGGGUUCAUCACCACACUACGUGACGUGAUUCAGUUUUUGCAGUGUUUUUCAUCCAGGGUGUAUGUCUGAUAAUACUCCAUGACCACAAUCUGGAGACCUGCAAACACUACUAAAAUACUGGUUGGCAGAAGGCUCCUGGACAUGCGCUGCACAUCUCCAGUUCCUAUCCUAUCCUAUCCGGCAGAAAUGGAUAUAACUUGAAGAAAUUCUUCCAAAAGUUUUGAUUUGAUGUUGUA